AUGGACACCGCACGAACCCGACUGCUCCGGAUCGUCGCCAUCGCCGUCGCUCUCGUCGCAGCUGUCGCCGCUGCUGUCGCACACGCCUCUGACGAAGCCAAUGCGUCCGACGCGCCUCUGCCGGGCAGGGCGGCGCUGGAAAAGGCGGCGAGCGCGCAGAUCAGCGGAGUGCUCCCCGUCUUCGGCGGAGGAAACUGGCUUCCGCGCCCGCGCGGUGGCGGAAAGGGCGGAAAGGGGGGAAAUGGCGGGAAUGGCGGGCGCAUGCGGGCGACGUGGGGAGUGCCUCUGCGGCUGCGCGCGGCAUGGGGAAGUGCUAAGUUCCGCGUGAAGGCACGGGACGCGCUGCGGCGGCUGACGGGGGCGCGCGGGGUGGCGGUGACGGCGCAGGGGCGCGCGGAGCAGCUGAUGGCGGCAUGGGCGGGACGGCGAGGGAGGGAGGGAUGGCGGAAGGGCAAGGACGUGUGGACGCAAGUUGCGCGGGACUGCGUCUCUCAGUUGGCACUCGCCAAGGCGAGCAUGGAUGAAGCAGCGGUGAUCAUCAACACGGGCGAGGGUGACGUGGCAGACGCGCGCGUCAGCCUAUCGAGUGCUGCCACGUUGGCGGGCGACUGUCUGGACUCCUUCCGCACCUUCGCUGCUGAUGGCGCCGCCAGCGAGCCCGCCAGAGGCGUGCAGGUGGGGUUUGGCGUGGAUUGCAUUGCAGCUCGGUUCAUUCGUGCUAUUCCUCCACUAUGGAACUCGUCGCUUGCUCACUUCAACUCAUUCAGCACCACCAACCAUCCCUCCCUCCCCAUCCCUUGCCCUCUCUACCGCUUCCUCUGCGCCAUUCUCUGUGCCAUGCAUCACGGGGAGCAGCAAGCAGCGGGGCAGUUGAGGGAGGCGCUCAUGGCGUUGCAGCAGCAGGCGGCCGACAUGGCCACCAUCGUUGCCGCCUCCUCGCCCCCCCCGCUCUCCUCGCCUCCCCCGCCCCCCUCGUCGCUCUUUUCCCCAGCCCCCGCCGCCAGCCCCCCGGGCGACUCCAGCCGUGGCGAUGCCAGCCCUCCAAGCGAUGCCGUUGCAGACGUCAACUCCACCGCCCCUGCUCCCCCUGGCCCUCCGCCUCCCCCCAAUCCCUUCGCACCCCUGCCCCCAUCACCAUCACCUCCCUCCUCGCCUUCCUCGCCCUCCCUCUUUGACCCUCUCUUCCCCUUGGCCCCCUCUGCAACUCCUCCCUCCUUUCCUCCUCCCCCUCCGUUUCCCCCUCCUUCCCCUCCUCCAUCUCCCCCUCCCUUCCCCCCUCCCUCCCCUCCUCCCUCUCCGCCAUCUCCCUUCUCUUCAGUGCCUCCCUCCCCACCUUCCUCCAUGUCCCCCUCCCUGCCCUUCCCAUCCACCCCUCCCUCCUCUCCUUGGCCUGCCACACCUGCUCCUCCUUCGCUGCUCCCCCUCCCUCUGCUGCCGUCUCCUCCCCCGUGCACCCCACCCGCCCCAUCCAUUCCCGCAUGCUGCACCUGCACCUGCGCCUGUGCUCCCGUCCUGCCCCCCGCCUCCCCUUUAGCUUCUCCCCCUCCUCCUCUCUCCACGUUGCCUUCCCCCCUUCCUCCUCCUCCUUUCCCCCCACCUCAGCCUCCUCCGCCCGUCAGUUCUCCCCCACCCUCUCCCCCUCUCCCGUCUCCUUCCCCUCCUGCCUCUCCUCCUUCACCUCCCAUCUCCCCUCCUUCCCCUCCUUCCUCCCCUCCCCCUCGCCCCCCCUCCCCUCCUUCCUCCCCUCCCCCUCGUCCCCCCUCCCCUCCUUCCCCUCCCCCCUCCCCUCCUUCCCCCCCCCCUCCCCUCCCUCUCCCCCCCUUUCCCCUCCUUCCCCACCCCCUUCCCCUCCCUCUUACCCCCUUUCCCCUCCUCCUCGACCCCCUUCCCCUCCCCCCCGUCCCCCUUCCCCCCCUCCACGCCCCCCUCCUCCUCCCCCGCCUCCUUCCCCUCCCCCACGCCCACCCCCUCAACCUCCUCGCCCCCCGUCCCCUCCUCCCUCUCCUCCUUCCCCCCCUCCGCGUCCUCCUCCUCCCCCUUCCCCACCCCCCUCCCCUCCGCCCACACCACCCUCCCCCCCCCCCAUCCCCACCCCCCCCCCCCCCCAUCCCCACCCUCCCCGCCCCCAUCCCCGCCUUCCCCGCCCCCCUCUCCGCCCUCACCACCGUCCCCGCCCCCCUCGCCCCCGUCACUGGCAUACCCAGUGCCGCUGCGCUACGCGCUGCCGCCGCCCAACGCCAUUGUGGCCAGGGAUGGCUCGGGCACCUUCACCUCCAUCCAGGUGCGUGGGCAGCAGUGGACGCGGCGCCAUCCACCCCCAGGGGGCGCUUCAUAGUGUUCGUGGCGCCAGGGGUAUACACGGAGACAGUGCGAGUGACCCGCAAGAACGUGACGCUGGUGGGGGCAGCGCCUGAGGCAACGGUAAUCACGGGCAGUGCCUGCGUGGUGGGCGGCUCCACCACCUUCAACAGCGCCACCGUUGCCAUAACGGGGGCGGGCUUCCUGGCGGUGGGGGUGCGAUUUGAGAACACGGCGGGCCCGGAGAACCACCAGGCGGUGGCGCUGAGAGUCACGGCGGACAACUGCGCCUUCUUCGACUGCCACUUCAUCGGCUGGCAGGACACGCUGUACACACACAGCGGGCGGCAGUACUACCGCAACUGCGUGGUGAACGGGUCGGUGGACUUCAUCUUCGGCAACGGUGCCGCCGUGCUCGACAACUGCACACUGCAGCUCCGCCCGCAGCCCAACGCUGUGGUAACCGCAUCGGGGCGCACCAACUCCACGGAGCCCACGGGCAUCGUGAUUGUCAACUCCAGGGUGGAGGGCGACGUGGCACAGGCGCAGUUCCUGGGGCGACCCUGGAGGCCGUUUGCACGCGUGCUGUACAGCAACACUGUCAUUGGCUUCUCUGUGAGUGUGCUGCACUGCCAGCAAGCAUGCCCCGCGAUGCCAGCAUGCCCCGCCCGCACUGCCUGUGCGCGGCUUGAAAGCGGCAUCGCCAUGGUUGUCAUCCAUGAGUAUCAAAUUCCGUUGCCGCUGUCCGCAGAGGAGUACCGCAUAGCACAGCUGUACAUGAUAGCGCGGUUCAGCGAGGUGCACUCGUCAGACAACAGCGACGGCGACGGCGUGGAGGUGCUGCGCAACGAGCCGUUCCAGGAGGACGGGCGCCAGGGGCAGUACACGCACAAGAUCUACCACCUCGCCAAGAAGGUGCCUCAGUUGGUGCUGGCGAUUCUGCCGAAGAAGGCGCUGCAGCUGGAGGAGAAGUCGUGGAACUGCUACCCUCACUGCGUCACAGAGCUCACUAACCCCUACUUCACCAAGUUCAAGCUGCGUGUGGAGUCCGCCUACCUCAAUCACCGCACACCACACCACAACGCGCUGGGGGCAAGCGAGGACGUGCUGCAACGGAGGAGUGUGGAGGUGUUGGACGUGGCGGGCGAGGCAGUGGAGGCGUAUGUGCCCGAGGAGGACCCCGCACGCUUCACCUCCGCCAAGACCGGCCGCGGCCCCUUCACUCUCGGCUGGCAGGAGCGGUGCGACCCAUGCAUGGUGGCGUACAAGCUGGUGACAGUGGACCUGCCCUACUGGGGCUUUGGCCCGCAGCUCGAGAAAUACAUCGCCAAAGUGUUUCAGCGCAAGCUGAACAUAGAGGCGAACCGCAAGGCCAUCUGCUGGAUGGACGAGUGGCACGGCAUGACCAUGGAGGACGUCAGACGCAUGGAGGCUGAGGCCUUCUCCCGCAUCAACCAGGAUCGGCAGCACAAGUACGGAGCGCAGGGGGGGAGUGGGGCACACAAGGGGAGUGCUGCACGAGUGGCGGAUGGCACCGGCGUGUAG